AUGAGGCUGCUAACACAUAAUCUGCUCGCGUGCCACGCAAAAGCAUGCGCAACCACAUCGAACAACUUCCCUCUUAUUCUGAAAGACGUUCAGCUCGAACUCAUCGAGGCGGAACCGAACGAAAUAUUCAUCAAGGGCUUCCUCCCUAAACUUGAUUGGCCAGCCCUUGUCAAGACAGCGAGGAGUUUGGGCGAUACGACUUUGCCAGACCAGGGACCGGAUCCUUCCAAGCCAUUGGAAGACGAGGCGCUCAUCAAGUUGUUACAUCAUGUAUUGCUCGAGAUUCACGUGGUGGAAGGUCAAAUGAUCUGUCCAAACUGCUCGCACAUCUACCAGAUCCGAAGUGGUAUUCCAAAUAUGCUGCUGGCUGAGCACGAGAUUGGCAAGUGA